CCUUUGGAAUUUGGUUUUUAAACUAUUUUUAUUGGAUUCAAAUAGGGGGUAAGUAAAUGAAAUAAAAAAAUAUAAAAAACAUUUACUUAAAUGAUAUUUGGCAUAAAUAAGUGCCAAAACAUAAGGCGGCAUGCAAUGCAACAAGGCAACUGUCGCCUAGGCCCCAUGCAAACCUCGUGGACACCUAGUCGUUGCCUAGGUGAUGCCUUGACAACUAUGGCUGUAUCUACUCAAUUCAGUUUGGUGUAAUUCUUUCUCCAAGUGCAGUAUGAAUACUUAUUAUUAUUUUUUAUUGAUCUCAAGCAAGAAAGAACUUUUUGUUGAUUAGUAUUUUAAAGCACUAUACAUAGCUUACACAACAAGAUGAAAUAGGGGCAAAUCAGGAUACAUUGUGUAUAUACAGUUUUCAACUAUUGGUUCCACGAAUGAGAGCCCAAUUACUACCCAAAGGUGUUCAUCUCUGGCUCUGCAAAAGCUGGAAGAUAUGAAAUCUAAUGGAUCUACAACGAGAAAAUGUACCCGCAAUGGGAUGGAACCUUUAUUAUCUUAUUAUAAGAAAGAUUGCGCAAUUCAUUUUCUCUGUAACAACAUAUAGUAGAAGGUACUUGGAUCAACUGAAUUCUGUCUUCUUCUCCUCUAUUGAUAAGUUUUGUUGUCUGUCAAAAAGAGAAGUUAAGAAGAUGAGGAAGAGUGGAAGACAAUGGCAUAAUAAGAGAAGAGGAGAAUGACCCUAGUCACCCUACUCUCCCUAAGCCUUUUUAAGAUCAUUCUGAUAUGAAGAGAUGGAAAUGCCCCCUGAGGGGUAUAGUGAUAUACCUUAUAUCCCCUACAAUGAUACAUGUAAUUCUAUUCUAAACAUAGUUGUCACGGCAGCAAGGUAGCCUGAGGAAAAAAAAAAAAAAAAAAACGAAGGCGACACCAACAAGGCACCUAGGCAACACUUUGAUAACUAUGUGGCUACAGUUUUUUUGCAAAAAGAAUAUGUGAAUCGCAUUUGUCUGCAAUUUCAACCAUUUUAAACCAAUCAAAGCAAAGUUUUGAAGGAAAUUCCUGAGGAUUGAAUUCUGAACUCUUUUAUGUGGGUUUCUCCUUUUGAGAUCAACAAAAAAUAACCUUCCUUUUGUUUUCCUUUGCUGUUAGGGUUCUCCCUUAGUCUUUUGGUUGUGCCUUUCCUCCUUUUGAGGAUUUAGAUUUGGUCCCCUUCUCCCCCCCCCCUCCCCUUUUUCCCUCUUUGUAAAUUCUCUCUCCUGUUUGGUAUUGAAUUCAUUUAUUCAUAAAAAAAAAAAAAAAAAAAAAAAGGAAGAAGAAAAAGAAAAAAAAAAGAAAGAAAGAAACAAAGAAACAAAGAAAACUAAAUAUACCCUUCACAAAGAAAAUGUUGUCAGAAAUAAAUCUAUUAAAAUGCAUAAAUACUAACAAAUGUUCUUGCAUUUUCUCAGGUUUCAGUAUUUAUGGUCGAUUUAUGCAAUAAAAGGGGAAAUUGGGACAACUAAAAAAAUCUAGGUGUUUUAUGAAGAUGUCUAUGGUUGAAUGGGGAUUAGUAUUGCAAUGCCCCAGAAAUUAGAAAUCCAAGAGGAGCGGUACGAGGAUUUAAUUCGGCAAUGUCAAACAAUGCAUUCAAGUAUUGGAACUGGCUCUCUUGCCUAUGCUGUAGGGUCCAAAGUGUUGGAUAUGAGGCUACCAUCCAAAGAUAAUGGGAAAAGGGAUGCAGAAUUUGAAUGUGAAUCUGCUUCUCAGGAUAUUAGUGAUGAAGUAGAGACCUAUGGUAGUAAAUGUACAGAAUCUACAGAUAUAAUUAGGGAAAGUACAGACACUGCAGCAUAUGACUCUUCAUAUCCUAUGCCUUCUUCUGGUCCUUACGAUUGCUUUUCCUCAAAAUCAGGGAGAGAAGAAAAUGGAUCAGAAUAUGUAACAGAGAGUUAUUUUGAUUUUCCUCCUUUACCUGUCACAUAUUUGUUGGAAAAGAACGACAGUGAUGGGGAAGAACGUGGAGUGCAUAACGAUAGAGUAUCUACUGAACAUAGAUUGAGUUUAUCAGCUGAAAACAUGCAUAGUUUUCAAAUUAAUAACAAUGUUGAUCUAAUUAUAGAAUCAAAUGGUUCACCAUCCAAUGCUGUCUCGCAUGCAAGAAACUCUGAAAUUGAAAUGUGUAAUUCAGAUUUCCAAGGACAAGUCGUUGAGGCACCAAACAUGGAAUAUAAAACUGAAAUUAUUAGCCAUCUGAGAAUAUCAGAUGUUGCCCAAACAGCCAUGGUAGAUGCAACUGCUUCUCAAGGGGGUACUAAGAAUGAAGACAGAGUUUCUGAAUGGCUUUGGACUCUUCACCAAAUAGUUGUUGAUGUGGUCAGAACUGAUAGUCAUCUUGAAUUUUAUGAGGACGUGAAAAAUGUAGCUCGUAUGUCAGAUAUUCUUGCUGUUUAUGCCUGGGUUGAUCCUGCUACUGGGUACUGCCAAGGUAUGAGUGACUUGCUGUCUCCUUUUGUUGUCCUUUAUGAAGAUAAUGCAGAUGCCUUUUGGUGCUUUGAGAUGCUACUUAGGAGAAUGCGUGAAAAUUUUCAGAUGGAAGGACCAACUGGAGUGAUGAAGCAGUUGCAAGCAUUAUGGUGUAUCUUGGCAGCUACAGAUAAGGAAAUGUUCGUUCAUUUAUCAUUAAUAGGUGCUGAAAGUCUUCAUUUUGCCUUCCGGAUGCUGCUGGUUCUCUUCCGUCGGGAGUUGUCUUUCCAUGAUGCUCUUUGCAUGUGGGAGAUGGGGAGUGGCUUCCACAGUGGUCUAUGCAUGAUGGUGCGCUCAACUGCUCAUGCUUGUAAGAUGAUGUGGGCUGCAGACUUUGAUGUAUCUGUGGCUCGUGAAUUAGAGGAGAGUUGUAUGGAGUCAUUAAUAGUAAAGAUUCCAAGAAAUUCUGGCUCUGAAACAGGAGAAGAAAGUGCUGGGAAUAGUAACGGAAAUUCAAAGGGUGGCUCACGAUCAAAGCGUGUGAAUGUACAGUGCUCCAUUUCUGGUAACUUUGAAAUGAAGUCAGCAUCAAGACGUCCUCCUUUUUGUGGAUUGACAACAAGGAACUUUUGGUCUAGGAAUGACCACAUCAGUCAUAUGAGCACUGAAGUAACAUCAACGAGGAAUGGGGAUGAUGAAUUAGCUGUGUUCUGUGUUGCUGCAAUCCUUAUAAUCAACCGCCAAAAAAUUAUUAAAGAGGCCCAUUUAAUUGAUGAUUUGAUAAAGAUGUUUAAUGACAAGAUGCUGAAGAUCAAUGUUAAGAGAUGCAUACGUACAGCCAUCAAACUCCGGAAGAAGUACUUCUACAAGUUAAUGAGGCAGAAUAUCACAGCUGGUUCAGAGCAAUGACUUUGCAGAGAUUUACUGCCAUGAAUACUCAAUUCAUUGGCCCCAGUCUCAUGCAUCUCUGUGGUAGCAUUUGAAAUAGCACCAAUAAUAUGAGUUUCCCUAUUCGUCGUCAGCAUGCAAUAUGUAUUGCAUUGAUCACCUGUGCUGGAGAAAUUGAAAGCCAAAGCGGUUGCCAUUUGAAGAUCCAUCUGGUUAUUUUGGCCUCGAAUUUCUCUUUGACCUUUUGUGCGAGUGGUCUGAAGAAACUUGAAGUUCUGUUUUAGCUGCACCAAAGGGCUGGCUGAUUGUAGAGUUAGUCUCGUCAUUUCCUUUCACUGGUAAGCAGAGAUAAAUCAUAACACCCAUUAUAUUAUUUUUUUAUUUUUGAAUAUUAUUAUUAUGUUGGCUCAUUUUUGUUUUUCUCUCUCACUGUAGAUAGGAAAAAAAUGAUGUAUCAACUAUUCAGUUUUGAUUCCUUUUCCUCAAUCUGUGAAUAUUUUAAAAUUUGAAAUGAUAGUCAUUGGAUAGGGUUGUCACA